CUGGAACGGAUGAAUCAUAGGAGCGUACCACCCGCCCAGUGCAUAAUCUACUUCGAGUUAAAACUUCUUAACCCGCAGCAAAAGGACAACAAUCGUGUCGAGAAACUCAGAAAGCUGCCAACUUUAAGGUUAAGAGAGAGAAAACAUUGGUGAGAUAAAACAGAGUGGCAAGAGAAAUAGACUACACCGUCGAGAGAUGACACGCAGUGCUCUGUUUUUUCAUUGAUUGCUCACGGUGAUUUUCACGCUCUUCUAGUUUCUACUUCAAUUUGGUAGUGCACCUGAAAAUCAAGGGGCUUGCGAUGGAUAACAAGGCUGAAGUUUUGGAGCCUGUGCUAAAAGAAGCCGUGGAUUUGGAGAACGUACCAAUUGAAGAGGUUUUUCAGACGUUGAGGUGCAAUAAAGAUGGUCUCACAACAGGGGCUGCUCAGGAGAGGUUGGCCAUUUUCGGCUACAACAAGCUUGAGGAAAAAAAGUUCACAGGAAAGUAAGAUAUUGAAGUUCUUGGGCUUUAUGUGGAAUCCUCUCUCAUGGGUCAUGGAAGCCGCAGCCAUAAUGGCCAUUGCGCUAGCCAAUGGAGGAGGAAAACCUCCUGAUUGGCAAGAUUUUGUUGGAAUCACAGUUCUGCUGCUUAUCAAUUCAACUAUAAGUUUUAUAGAGGAGAACAAUGCUGGUAAUGCUGCUGCUGCUCUCAUGGCCUGUCUCGCUCCCAAAGCGAAGGUCCUUAGAGAUGGGAGGUGGAUUGAGGAGGACGCAUCUAUUCUUGUUCCUGGUGAUGUAAUUAGUGUCAAGCUUGGGGACAUUAUUCCUGCAGAUGCUCGCCUCCUUGAUGGCGAUCCCUUGAAAAUUGAUCAGUCUGCACUUACAGGGGAGUCCCUUCCUGUGACAAAAGGCCCUGGUGAUAGUGUUUAUUCAGGUUCUAUAUGCAAACAGGGGGAAAUUGAAGCAGUGGUCAUUGCUACUGGUGUUCAUACCUUCUUUGGAAAGGCUGCUCACCUUGUAGAUUCUACAAAUCAAGUGGGGCACUUUCAGAAGGUCCUGACUGCCAUUGGGAACUUCUGUAUAUGUACAAUUGUUUUGGGGAUGAUAAUAGAGAUCAUCGUCAUGUUCCCAAUUCAACACCAGCCAUAUCGUCCAGGAAUCGACAAUCUGCUGGUGCUUCUUAUCGGAGGAAUUCCUAUUGCCAUGCCCACAGUUUUGUCGGUGACUAUGGCAAUUGGAUCCCAUCGUUUAGCUGAGCAGGGAGCUAUUACCAAAAGAAUGACAGCAAUAGAGGAAAUGGCGGGGAUGGAUGUGCUUUGCAGUGACAAAACUGGGACUUUGACACUGAACAAGCUUACCGUUGACAAGAAUCUUAUAGACGUCUUUGUAAAGGGAGUAGACACAAAUACUGUCAUUCUGAUGGCGGCUCGAGCAUCCCGAGUCGAAAAUCAAGAUGCAAUAGAUGCUGCUAUAGUGGGAAUGUUGGGUGAUCCAAAGGAGGCUAGAGUUGGAAUUCAAGAGGUCCACUUCCUUCCAUUCAACCCAACCGAUAAGCGAACAGCUCUAACAUAUGUUGACAGUGAAGGUAAAAUGCAUCGGGUCAGCAAAGGGGCACCAGAGCAGAUUUUGAAUCUUGUACACAAUAAAUCAGAAAUAGAAUGCAGAGUUCAUGCCAUGAUAGAUAAAUUUGCAGAAAGGGGAUUACGUUCUCUUGCAGUAGCAUAUCAGGAAGUUCCUGAUGGAAGGAAGGAGAGCCAAGGAGGGCGAUGGCAAUUUAUUGGUGUCAUGCCCCUAUUUGACCCGCCAAGACAUGAUAGUGCAGAGACAAUACGAAGGGCAUUGGAUCUUGGGGUAAAUGUUAAAAUGAUCACAGGUGAUCAAUUAGCAAUAGCAAAGGAAACCGGACGCCGCCUGGGAAUGGGAACAAACAUGUACCCUUCCUCUGCAUUGCUGGGACAGAACAAGGAUGAGUCAAUGGCAGCUUUGCCGGUAGAUGAUCUUAUUGAAAAAGCUGAUGGGUUUGCUGGUGUUUUCCCUGAGCACAAAUAUGAGAUUGUGAAACGUUUGCAAGCUAGGAAGCAUAUCUGCGGGAUGACUGGUGAUGGAGUCAAUGAUGCUCCUGCUCUGAAAAAGGCUGACAUUGGCAUAGCUGUUGCUGAUGCAACUGAUGCAGCUCGCAGUGCUUCUGACAUUGUCCUGACUGAACCUGGUCUUAGUGUUAUAAUUAGUGCGGUACUGACUAGUCGGGCAAUAUUCCAAAGGAUGAAAAAUUACACGAUUUAUGCAGUUGCCAUUACAAUCCGUAUUGUGCUUGGUUUUAUGUUACUUGCUCUCAUAUGGCAGUUCGACUUCCCACCAUUCAUGGUGCUGAUUAUUGCUGUCCUUAAUGAUGGUACCAUUAUGACAAUAUCAAAGGAUAGGGUGAAGCCGUCUCCUCAGCCUGAUAGCUGGAAGCUGGCAGAGAUCUUUACAACUGGAAUCAUUCUCGGCAGUUAUUUGGCUAUGAUGACAGUCAUCUUCUUUUGGGCAGCAUACAAGGCAGACUUCUUUCCUCGUACAUUUGGGGUUUCAAGCCUUCAGCAGAAGGAUGCAGAUGACUUUAGAAAGCUUGCCUCAGCAGUGUACCUGCAAGUCAGUACCAUUAGUCAGGCUCUUAUAUUUGUGACACGAUCCCGGACUUGGUCUUUUUGUGAGCGACCUGGAUUUUUGCUUGUAGCAGCUUUUGUUAUUGCUCAGCUGGUUGCCACACUGAUUGCUGUCUAUGCAAACUGGAGCUUUGCUGCAAUUGAAGGGAUUGGAUGGGGAUGGGCUGGUGUUAUUUGGCUCUAUAACCUAAUCUCUUACAUCCCACUUGAUUUCAUCAAGUUCUUUAUCCGAUAUGCCCUGAGUGGGAGGGCUUGGGAUCUUGUUAUUGAGCAAAGGAUUGCCUUCACAAGGAAAAAGGAUUUCGGGAAGGAAGAACGGGAGCUCAAAUGGGCACAUGCACAAAGAACACUCCAUGGUUUGCACCCACCUGAAACCAAAAUGUUCAGUGAACGCACAAGUUACACCGAACUUAAUCAGAUGGCUGAAGAGGCCAAACGACGAGCUGAGAUUGCUAGAAUCAGAGAAUUGCACACACUGAAAGGGCAUGUGGAGUCGGUGGUGAGAAUGAAGGGCCUUGACAUAGACACAAUUCAGCAAUCAUACACCGUGUGAUGGAUCAUACACUUAUGAUUCCGCAUGUUAUAUACCUUUAGUGUCAAUGCUUGAAACAGAAAAGCUGUAGUUUGUGAUCCUAAUAUAUAAACCAUAACCCACCUGAGUAUAUAUCAUCAUAUGUAUUUACUUUUGCCUGCUUCCUUGUA